CAUCAUUGGUACCCGAGCCAUCGAAACAGGCAAGUUCCAUUCUGCAGCUUCACCUUCAGAUUUAGCCACAGUUUCAUUCACCUUAAGAUCAGGAUACAAAUUCCAUCCAUCUAGCUCAACUGAAGAACAGGUAGAUAAAGAAGCUAGACGCAAGAGAAGAGGCCGGGACAUGGCGCUGAGGAGGAUCGUGAAGGAGCUGAGGGACCUGCAGAGGGACCCGCCAACCUCCUGCAGCGCAGGUCCCGUGUCACCGGGCGACAUGUUCCACUGGCAGGCGACGAUCAUCGGGCCGGGGGACAGCCCCUACUCCGGCGGGGUGUUCGUGGUGAGCAUCCACUUCCCGCCGGACUACCCGUUCAAGCCGCCCAAGGUGGCGUUCAAGACCAAGGUGUUCCACCCCAACAUCAACAGCAACGGCAACAUCUGCCUGGACAUCCUCAAGGACCAGUGGAGCCCGGCGCUCACCAUCGCCAAGGUGCUGCUCUCCAUCUGCUCGCUGCUCACCGACCCCAACCCCGACGACCCGCUCGUGCCGGAGAUCGCGCACAUGUGCAAGGCCGACAAGGUCAGGUACGAGUCCACCGCCAGGGGGUGGACGCACAAGUACGCCAUGGGAUAGAUCCAUGCACAGCUCAAAGCUCGAAACAAGAUGCUUCUUAUUUAUCGCGGAAAAAAAUAGGUGCAUGACGUACUACAGAUGAUGAUAACCAUCAACUAGUGGCCUGGUGGUAUAAUAAUCGGUCUUACCUUCAAACAUGUAUCGAAUUUUGAAAUUUAUCACGGACAGCAUAUCGCCGGCCGGUCCUCU